UUUCGUCGCUCGCUUCGUUCGUGUCGUCAUGGUUUCCGUGCCGAGGCUCGUGCAGCUGUCGGUGCUCAUCAUCCAGGCUGGGUGGCGGGGGGUCGCGCCGAGCCCCACCGAGGAGGGAGCGCUCCGGGCCGGCCACGGGGAGCGCGGAGAGCCGGGCCACCAGGAGCCCCACAAGGACUCCUACAGCACGUUCGCCUCCGAGUUUCUGGAGUCCAAACACCUGUCUGAUGACGGUUAUCCAUUCCCCACCGCCCCGCCAGUAGAUCCUUUUGCCAAGAUCAAGGUCAGCGACUGUGGAGUCACCAAAGGCUGCAUAAGGUAUGGGAAGCCAGGGUGUGAUGCAGAAACCUGUGACUACUUUCUGAGUUAUCGCCGCAUCGGGACAGACGUGGAGUACGAGAUGAGCGCAGACAUAGACGGCUGGGUGGCUGUGGGCUUCUCCUCCGACAAGAAAAUGGGAGGAGACGAUGUCAUGGGGUGCGUUCACGACGAUAACGGACGUGUGAGGAUCCAUCACUUCUACAACGUCGGCCAGUGGGCCAAGGAGAUCAAGAGGAACCCGGCGAGAGACGAGGAGGGGAUUUUUGAGAACAACCGGGUGACCUGCCGCUUCAAGCGACCGCUGUAUGUCCCCAGAGAGGAAACGCUGGUGGACCUGCACCUGUCGUGGUAUUACCUAUUUGCAUGGGGACCUGCUAUUCAAGGUUCCAUCACGAGGCAUGACAUCGACAGCCCUCCAGUCAGCGACCACAUGAUCAGCAUCUAUAAAUACGAAGACAUCUUCAUGCCUUCCACAGCUUAUCAGACCUUCAACUCCCCUCUCUGCUUACUGCUCAUUGUGGCUCUCACCUUCUAUCUGCUCAUGGGAACGCCAUAAUGAAGCACAGCCAGUCACAGGGCCAGGAAGAAUAAAAGAAGGAGAAGAAGCGGCAAUAAAACCUAUAGAGUGUCUUAGAUAUGUUAAAGCUGAUAGACUAAAUGUACAUUACUCAUCUUGACUCAUAAAUAACUAUGGUAAGAGCUAUGUACUGGAGAUGUAUUAUAAAGGAGUCUUGUUAGUUUGAAACAAGACAAUAAUUUUCAGUGUUUAUGCAAGGAUCUAUUUACUUAAAAUACAACAUUUGCAUAACAGUGAGUACAUUUUUCUGGUCUCUCAAGCACUGCAUGAAGCAGAAAAUGUGAGAAAGAUUUUGGAUCCUGCUGUUUACUGGCUGAUAGAUGAAGGCUUCCAGAGGACAAGAAAAAAAAGAGCCCAAAUGCACAUUUUUUUGGGAUAUCAGCCAUUGCAUCUUCCUCAACCACAGUGACUGCUUGUUCAGCAGCGCUGUGCCACUGUGACGGCAUCCGACAGCCAGGCAAAGACAGAUACACGACUUACUAAUGCCUGCAUGAGCAAUAACUCACUGAACAGGAGCAAAGUGUGGGAGUGAAAAACACUUUCUGUGGGCAUGUGUUUGUCCUCAUGUUCCUGAAGUAUUUUAACCUGUACUUAAACUAAAAUGUCUGAACACGUUAUUCUGUCAAAAAACAAUCUGUCACAGUCAGAAUACAAUAAUAUGCAAAAUACAUUCUUACUUUGAUUGGAUAGAUCACCCUGCAGCUCAAACUGUAUAAAGCUAAAGUACAUGA